UUGAGAAGGGCUGAAAGAACUGCUCCCCACGUCUCUCAAACUCGAUAUAAUGAUCCCGAGGUCAUUAUUCAUUGGUUCUUCUGUCACGAUAAGUCCAAAUGGAUGACCAGAAGCAUGCCGUCCAGGCGCCCGGCCGGCUCAAGACUCGCCGGGUGGCCGCGGACGGCAUUGUUGGACGCUUGACCUAUACCCCAGCCCUGGGCGAUGAAGUUAUCGGGCAGAUGCGGAGGAACCGGGUCAAGGAUGAUGCGCCCCGGUUCAAGCAAGUAAUGCCCUUCACACGAUGGUGUCCGCCCGCCAAAGGCGCCACCUCCCAGUCCAGCGAGCUGCGUCCUUCCCAGGCAGCGAGGUCCCAAAAGAAUUUUCUCCUGGAGUACCUCCCGGAGGCUUCCAUCCCUGAUCACGAAACCGAGAGUCUACUCCUGGAGGAACUCGCCGCGUCACAUGCCAACCUCAGAUCAGAACCCUCCAGCCCGGCACCGCUGUUCUCCGUUGGGGAGGCAGCCGACAUGAGAGAGAGCGACACGGCCAAGGCCCACCCUGUGUUAGCCCUUGCUUCCGGCAUCUCGGGCAAUGUCCUGCGGCUGAUAGGUCUUGCCCGCGAGGAAUGCGUGUGGGCCGAGGCUGACAUCCGCGUCCGCCUCCAUGUCGCGAACCCUCAGCUCGAGGGCGAGUGGUGCCAAGACGCAGUACCUAUCUCACUUGUCAGGUUUGCGGUCGACUCCCAAAGGUACGACCCGAUCCGAUGGCUCCUGGUACAGAAUGGUGUCUCGACCACCGUUUAUGAGCCUGAGCUGCGGAGUAUACCCAUGCCUUCGGUGGGGACCUCAGCCCGGCUCUCAGGGCGGUCUGUCGCCAGCCAAAUCUUCGCCAACCCCUUGGCCUCGAUACCCUGCCACCGCACGGGAGGGAGCUUGCAAACGGACGUUGCCUUCGCCCGAUGUCGCGAAACAAAUAUGCCUCAACUGGCCAUCAUUGACCAGGCCGGUUAUUGGAGUCUCUGGGAUAUUACAGGUCGGCGGAAUACACGACCAAAGAACUUGACGCCGGUCAUGAGGAUGUGCGGGAACGCGGUUUCGGGAUUCAUUCCAAAGUUACCUUCCAUCUCGACGGCCGACCCUCUCCUACACACAAUCUUAUGGUUGUCACUGGAGCAAAAGGCUUCGAAACUACCCAGCCGCUCAGUGAGCCGUACGACGUACCCUUCCAAGCGCACUCGCGAAUCCGUUGAGCCUGAACAGCAACCAUCACGCGGCGCACUGCUCCUGUGCAACCCAUUAGCCCUGCAUCUGUUUGAUCUUGCUGGCCGGAAGCUGCACUCGGUUUCUCAUCUGGUGCUUUCGAGGGAUAGCCAUCGGAUCUUAGGUGCCUCGCCCUCGCGGCUGGACCCUGCUCAUGCGUUCAUCUUGACCGACACAAACGUAUUAUGGGUAGCUGUCAACGAGAGCGAAGACGAAACGCUAACCCUUGACAUUCUCGCCUCGUGUCCACACCAGAAGGACGCAAACGAUCCCACGCUCCGGCUGGAUGUCUCGCCGGCCGCAUACAUCAACGAUCUCUUGGCUUGCUUCGUCUGCGUGCGGUCCACCAGGGACACCGAGAUGGCAGUGUUCUGGUUCUUCAAACCGGCCCCAGGUACACCUGCCAGGUAUCAUCGCGACUUCGUCUCGCUGAAAGACGUACCCAAUUUCAUCGGAUUGAGCUUCAUCCCCGCCGGCCGCCGCGUUGGAAAAGAGCCGACCUCAGCCGCGGGUCGCACAAUGAGGAAGGCUCAGCUGAGGUUCUUUCAACUGCUAACGCUUGGCCAGGACUUGGAUGUCCACUGCGCGUUGUGUGCCUGGUCUGACGGGCCCAAUGCAUCUGUUCCUCCUCCUGACGCGAGCGAGCCGCUCGAGGAGAGCAGCAAUCGCCGGCUCAAGCUGCUGCAAAAUCUGACCGACGCGUUUGCGGUGCCGGACGAGUUCGAUGAGCGUGCGGUCUUUCGAAGAAAGGAGCUUGCGUCGACGUCUCUGGAGAGUUUGGGUGGCGGGAUCCAGCAGCGUAUUGAUUUUGGAUUGGUUGCCCAGCGCCUGUCUGGCUCAGCAGAGCCGGGCGCAGGAGAUGAGGCCGGUCGGAUGUCUCCUGUAGACCACGUUGACUUCGACUUCAUCGCCAAAGCGGUUGAACGGGAGAAGGAAGACGGCUACAUGCCGAGGCAUUCAUUGCUCGAUUUGGCAGCGCCUUACCGGACAGAGCACCACCUUCUUCGACUGGCCCGCGAAUGGGAUGCCCAGCAGGAGAUGCUGCAUCGCCGCGCUAGCGAUUGGCUUUUCGUGCCUGAAGCCCGCCGUCCUCUUGCUGACUUCGGCCCUGACGACCUGGUCGAGCGCCUGAGAGAUAUUUUUCCGAAUCCUCAGUCGGCCCGCGACACGCGUUCACUUGAGAAACGGGAACAAGUACUGCAGAUCAUGGCUGCGGAGAUGUUCCUCAGCAACGUUGGUGUGUCCGCGGUGCCACAGGCUUGGGCCUCCAUGAAUGAACCUCCCUCGAGCUCCCUCCCGUUCCCCAGCUCGCCGACGCUCAUGCCAUCAUCCCAGCUGUCGCUACCCCGCUCCAGCAAAGACAAGGGGAAAAGAAAAAUUAAGGAAGAAGAUCCGGCGGAGCCGGAGGAGCGAGGAGACGCAGUGGCCCUCCGCCUUCGAAAGUACGCCACGCUCAACCCGUCUCCAACCAUUCACGGCGAACCUGCCCUUGCCCUCUCCCGCUGGGACCUGGGCGCCGAUCCAGACGACAUCACCUGGAAGCCCGGCCAGGACCUCGAAGCCGAAGACGCCCUCAACCGACGACGGCGAAAGCUCGAGGCGCGACGAAGAAAAGCCGAGCGGCUGUCGCAGCGCAUCCUGGGAGAGGACUCGCUGCUCAUGGAGCAGUCGUCCCAGUCGCUGGGCGGCUUGUCUUCGCAACCGCUUCCGACGAUCCUGCCGACGAGCAGCAGCCAGCGGCAGAGCCAGAGCCAGAGCCAGCCGCAGCAGGCGGGAUCGCCGUGGGCCUUCUCGUCGCAGCAGGCGAUGGGCGUCGGAACGCCGGGGGUGCGGCCUGGCUCGCCGUUGCGGCGCGAGUAUCGGAGGGAUUCGGGGAUGGGGGUGUUUUCGUCUCAAUUGUCUCAGCAGCAGCAGCAGCAGUCUCAGGGCACGCCGUCACAGCCCGUGUCGCAGGUGUUGCCGGGCUUGUUCGGUGGGCGGCCGUCGUUCUCGCCGUUUAAGAGGAGCCCGCUGAAGAAGGGAAAGAGGAAGAGCGAGUUGAGGAUGAGCGGGUUUCGGUGAGGUUCUGGUGAGAGGGGAUUCAUGUUGCGUGGACUAUUUAAGCCGGCCGAGAUAUGGGCCGUCGUAUGCAGCAUAUCGUUGGGAUGUAUCAAGAAGACAUGCAAUUGGGCAACAUGCCUGUCGGUUGACAUCUAGUUUGCAUUUAAUGUAACCAUUCGAAGUUGAGAAUCGGGCAGUAGAGGCGCAUAUUGAUGUGAGGCUCGCUUUGUCUCUGGCUCUGUCGGUUCCCCCAUACCAGUAAUUGUUAGUGCUCUAAGUCACUCAGGGCAGCAAAACACCGCGACUAUCCGCUUGUAAAUCGCA